AUGGCGUUUCAAAUGACCGUGCUAGGGCAGCAAGUGUUGUUCGAGCCGCCGCCCCAUACUUGUGACGAAAAUUGCACGGACCCAUGCACUGCAAAUGGCGACGUUGAGGCGACACAAAAGAUGAUUAGGAAUAUGAUGGCCGAGAUGGAACGACGCGUUGCGCAACAACUGGGAAUCCAAUUGGGGAAUAAGAACCUUUGUGAUCCCAUAUCAAACCUACUACCUUUCGAAAUUUCGGCCAGUAUAUUCGAGCUCUGUCUUCCUCGCUGGAAGCGAACCACAGAGCUGAGUCUGUUCGAGGAAGAUAAUGCGUCUACUUUGUUCACGCUCGGUGCCGUUUGCAAAACGUGGCGUCAUAUCAUUUGGUCAACACCCUCCUUCUGGUCGCAUUUAUUGAUAUUGAUCGACCCUUCCACUGUACGUUCUUAUACUCCUCUUGUCGAGGAGUGGAUCGUUCGGUCAAAAGAUGUCCCUUUGUCGCUGGCGGUGUAUUAUGGUAAAGGUCCGGAUGAACCCACGGGAUUUGAAGAAUGGUUUCCGCCCUUGAGCAAGAUUAUCAACGCAUCAUCAAGUCGUUGGGAAUGCCUCGAUCUCUCGAUUCCAAAAUGCCUCCGUGUUUUCUUCGCUCAGCUCCCUUCAAACCUACGCGAGCUUAAAAUCGAGAACACGGGACCCAGUGGACGUACAUUUGAAAAUGCCUUUGAAUCUCAAACUACGACAGGGCAGUCGAGUUUUUCUGCUCCAACGUAUGUCGAUAUCGACUACUAUAUUUCUUGGGAAUCGGUUCCCAUUCUGUGGAACAACGUCACCAAAGUUAAGAUACAAGGCUUGACUGUUGUUGAUUGCCUUGAGUUGUUACGGCUAGCGCCAAAGCUCGAAUCGUGUACCUUUCCUAGAGGCAACCCGGACAAUGUUGCAGGUCAUGUUCCCCUGCCAGUGGUUCAUGCCAAGCUGGAAGAACUUCACAUAAAUGAACCUGCACCUCUAAAUUUUGUGCACGCCCUAUGUGACGCACUCACGAUUCCUGCACUGGAAAAUUUGACCGUUCAACACAAUGUAUUCGAACGCCUGCCUACCGACAAUUUGCUGGCCUUGAUGAAGCGCUCAAGUUGCUCUCUGAAAACCGCGGAAAUAGGCUGCCUCUUGCAUGAAGACGACAUAAUUACCUUCCUUCAGGCAACCCCUUCACUUCGGCAUCUGACUUUUGGUGAAAACGCACCUGUUGGGAAUUUCAAAGCUAGAAAUUUCUUCAAAAAACUCGCCCGGACGGCUCAUCUAGGCGAAAGUGAUACCGAAAGCUCCUCAUCUCAGGAGAUAUUCCUUCCUCAUCUAGAAAGCCUGGCAUAUUUUUCAAGCAAGCCAGAUGACUGUGAAAGCAUUUGGGAUGUUCUUCCUCGGAUUUUUGGUGUUCCGACGGAUGAUUACGAUUAUGAAACUGAGGAUUUGGAUCCUUAUCGACGGCCGUUGAAAGAUGUGAAGAUUCUUUAUGAGCAAUAUCAAGAAGAGCCAGGACUCGACUCGAGCCUUGACGACGAACCUCCUACUCGAACAGUCCCUCUCCUUUCGAAGCGAACGAUCCUCAAAAUCGAUUGUGUUACCAGACUCGGAUCUGUAGACCUCCGUAUCUUGGCGCAUUAUAAAGCUCAUGAUCACUUAGAAGAUCUAAUAGAAGUCUCAAAUUUAGCGUGCGAUUGGGACUGGGAUGGGGACUUGGAAUACACGUCAUCUGAAAGCUCUGAUGAUGAGUAG